AUUGAAUUUUCUAGUAUGGCAGAGGCGUAUUCCGGAUUUAGUGAUUCAGAAGAAGGUCAGUACCUUCUUAAGCUUGUCCAGGAACACAAGCUUGGGGAAUUUGCUGGGAAUCACGGACGGACAUGCAAGCAAACUCAAGCUAUCUAGGAGGAGGUGGCAAACAAAUUCUCAUCCAUUUCUAUCAAACCUUUCACCGGGGCUCAAAUCCAAUCCAAAUGGAGGAAUAUGGCUUAUCCUGCCAGACGGAAAUUUCCCAAGCCAAGGCAACCAUGUUUAAGACUGGUGGUGGUCCCAAGCCCAAAGAUGCCGAAAUUGAUGACUUGAGCCUAGAAAAUGUCGACACUACUGGAAGGACCUUCACCAUACCCAACCCAUAUGGUUGUGGAGAGGGAGAUAACUCUGGAUGGGACAAUUUGAUUGAUGAACGAGGGAGUGAAAGUGAGAUUGCCCGCAAUGAAGGAGCCAGAAGUGAUGCUCUUGCAUUAGCACCAGCUGGAGACUCUCCUAGCAUUCUCCCUGUGGUUCAUGGUCCUACUAGCACCUCUGUUUCCGGACGUGCCAAUUCAUCACAAUGGAAUUAUUGCACCCAAGAGACAGCACCAGAGGAAGAGUUCCAGAAAUUUGUAAGAACAGCUAAGGCAUGCAGGGUGGAAGAAUAUGAGAGUAAGAGAGAAUUGUACAUCCUGUCUAUCUUGGAAAAAGAGGCAUCACUCCAAUCCCUCCAAUGA